CGCUGCGCUAGUCUCAAUUCGGGCGAGCUCCUCUCUCCGGGAUACACCGGGUCCACGCUCGGGUUCAAUUGGAGCACCCAGCCUGGCACGCCUUGGAGCUUUCGUCCUCAGGAAAUGACGGGAAACUUUUUUUUUUUGGCCUGGCUUGAAUCUGCCAGACUUCCUUUCAACUUGGCCGUGCAACCUGGAAUUGAAGGAUUCCACUCGGCGUGGGGACUGCGGGUGAAUCUUGCAAAUGACUCCGGUGCGGGCUCCCAAUGCCUACGUGUCCCCGAUCCCCCGGGUGAUGAGAUCCGUCGCCCCCAGGUGCCAGCCAAGUUGCAUGCACGCCUCACUGCCUCAGUCCCUCAGUCCCUGACUCCCCUCCGAACAUCGCCAUGUCCGUCCGAGCCGAGGUGUCUCCGCCGACAAUAUAACGUCCGCAUUGAACCUUUUAACAAUGGAUCGCAACUCCGCUUGAUAGCAUCCUCAGUUCUCGCCAGUAGUAUCUACAGAACAUAAUGUUGCAGCAAUGAGGAUUUAUCUAUUUAUUUUCUCAAGUACUCUUCAAGUCCCUCACGAUUGACGACUGAUGAGCUGCCCAUUCCCGUGCA